CGCGCUGCCGGCGCAGUUAAACAGCCGCGGGGAGCCCCGCAGCAUGGGGCUCUCCUCCCUCCGAGGGCUCCUGCCACAGCCCCGCUCCUGGCCGUGCCAGGAGCGAUAGGCAGCUCCAGAGUGAGAACUAGGAGCGCAGUCAAUUAAUAAAUGGUAGGGAUAAGGCGCAGCCGGCCCCUCCGCGCAACCUAGUGCCGGGGGAGGCGGUCUGCGAACGCCAGUCAGCUCCCACUCCCUGCCUUUGUAACUCUAGGUCGCCUCCUAAUUUAAAGCUUUGCACCAAUCCCCUUUGCCCGGAAAGGAGAGGAAAUCUAGAAAGAUGCCAGGCUGCGAAAAGGAACCCCAAUUCACAGCGCCGGUCCCAGGCGCUGCCUGGCCAAGCGGAGCCAAAGUUGGUCAGAGAAACGGGAAGCGGGUGCUCCAGAGGAGAGGGGAAAGGAAGGGGAUCAUUGCUUGGUGAUCGCAACCUCUCUGUCCCGUUGCCCCCCCUCUUCUUCUCCUUCCCUCAGAGCCUUAUCUCUGACAGCUUAGGAGGCCUUGAUGAGUUUCCAUCGGGAUCCGAUCCAAGGUGGGGGGGAGAAAGGGUGAUUGUUCCCAGAGGAAGCAGCUCACACAAGUUUGGGGGGUGAGACUCCCCGGUGGAUGUCUAACGAGCACAUCGGGAGGCACGCGAUGCCCGGGAGCAGCUGGAGACCCUCGCCAGAACCUACCCUCAUUGCACGGUAGAGGAUUUUGCUGGAGGAGAAUCAAGAGAGCAACGGGCUCAAUUACAUCCGAGUUCCCUGUGUAGGACCUGUCAAGCAACUCCUAUCAUCACGCCUGUAAGUGAGUAGGUCCAGUGGAAAGACUUGGCUUGUUCUUCACUGGCUUGUGGGACAGCAGUUUAUGUUUGGCAAUGGAUCAGAAGGACUGAAGAGCACUUCUGCUCCCACCAGUGUUUCUUGGAGCUGCUAAAACAGGACCGAUGAAGAUGUUGACCAGACUCCAAGUCCUUGCGCUAGCUUUUUUUUCCAAAGGAGUUUUCCUUUCCCUAAGUGACCACAGCUUUGUAAGGAAGGAAAUUAAGAUAGAAGGAGACCUGGUCUUAGGUGGUUUAUUCCCAAUCAAGGAGAAAGGCACUGGGAUAGAAGAAUGUGGAAGAAUCAAUGAAGACCGAGGCAUCCAGCGCUUGGAGGCCAUGCUGUUUGCUAUUGAUGAAAUCAACAAGGACAACUACUUGCUUCCGGGAAUUAAGCUUGGAGUUCACAUCUUGGACACGUGUUCCAGGGAUACAUAUGCCUUAGAACAGUCUUUGGAGUUUGUCAGGGCAUCUUUGACUAAAGUGGAUGAAACAGAGUAUAUGUGCCCUGACGGCUCGUAUGCCAUCCAGGAGAAUUUGCCAUUGCUCAUUGCAGGAGUCAUAGGCGGUUCCUAUAGCAGCGUCUCCAUACAGGUGGCAAAUUUGCUCAGACUCUUCCAGAUCCCCCAGAUAAGCUACGCCUCCACCAGCGCCAAGCUGAGCGACAAAUCCCGCUACGACUAUUUCGCACGGACUGUGCCUCCGGACUUCUACCAGGCGAAAGCCAUGGCUGAGAUCUUGCGAUACUUCAACUGGACUUACGUCUCCACAGUUGCUUCAGAGGGCGACUAUGGGGAGACAGGGAUUGAAGCCUUCGAGCAGGAAGCUCGCCUGCGCAACAUCUGCAUCGCCACCUCCGAGAAGGUGGGGCGGUCCAACAUCAGGAAGUCUUAUGAUGGCGUGAUCAGGGAGCUGCUUCAGAAACCCAACGCCAGGGUGGUGGUGCUCUUCAUGAGAGGGGAUGACUCUCGGGAGCUCAUUGCAGCUGCCAACCGCUUCAACGUUUCCUUCACCUGGAUCGCCAGCGACGGAUGGGGAGCCCAGGAGAGUAUCGUGAAAGGCAACGAGCGCAUCGCUUCUGGGGCAAUAACCUUGGAGCUUGCUUCCCAUCCAGUUAAAGAGUUUGACAGGUACUUCCAAAGUCUCAGCCCUUACAAUAACAGGCGCAACCCCUGGUUCAAGGACUUUUGGGAGCAAAAAUUCCAGUGCAAUCUGCAGAACCGAAAACCACACAAAAAGGCUUGUGAAAAGCACUUCACCAUCAACAGUUCCAACUACGAGCAAGAAUCCAAGAUCAUGUUUGUUGUGAAUGCUGUGUAUGCAAUGGCCCAUGCCUUGCAUAAAAUGCAGAGGACUCUCUGUCCAAACACCACCAAGCUCUGUGAUGCCAUGAAGCAUCUGGAUGGCAGGAAGCUGUACAAAGAUUAUCUCCUAAAAGUAAACUUUACAGCUCCCUUCAACCCUCCCAAUGAUCCAGACAGUAUGGUCAAAUUUGACGCCUAUGGAGAUGGGAUAGGACGAUACAACGUGUUCAAUUUCCAGUACACUGGAGACAAAUACUCCUAUGUGAAAGUUGGCCAGUGGGCAGAAACUUUGUCGCUUGAGGUAGACUCUAUCCAGUGGUCCAGGAGCGCUGUCCCUGUCUCCCAGUGCAGCGACCCCUGCGCUCCUAACGAGAUGAAGAAUAUGCAACCAGGAGAUGUCUGCUGCUGGAUUUGCAUUCCCUGUGAAACCUACGAGUACCUGGCUGAUGAAUUCACUUGUGCAGACUGCGGGCCUGGAAAAUGGCCCACAGCUGACCUGACUGGCUGUUACGACCUACCAGAAGACUACAUCAAGUGGGAAGAUGCUUGGGCAAUAGGUCCUGUUACCAUUGCAUGCCUAGGCUUUAUUUGUACUUUCAUGGUUAUUGGGGUGUUCAUCAAGCACAACAACACUCCCCUGGUCAAAGCCUCUGGCCGUGAACUGUGCUACAUUUUGCUCUUUGGGGUCUUCCUGUCUUACAGCAUGACUUUCUUCUUCAUAGCCAAGCCUUCUCCAGCCAUCUGCACCCUCCGUCGCUUGGGAUUGGGAAGUUCCUUUGCUGUCUGCUACUCUGCCCUUCUGACAAAAACGAACUGCAUAGCCAGAAUAUUCGAUGGUGUAAAGAACGGUGCUCAAAGGCCCAAGUUCAUCAGCCCCAGUUCUCAGGUCUUCAUCUGCCUGAGUCUCAUUUUGGUCCAGGUUGUGGUGGUGUCUGUGUGGCUUAUCCUGGAGGCCCCAGGCACCAGGCGCUACACUGUUCCCGAGAAGAGAGAGACUGUCAUACUGAAAUGCAACGUCAAGGAUUCCAGUAUGUUAAUCUCCUUAACAUAUGAUGUAAUCCUCGUAGUCUUAUGCACUGUAUAUGCCUUCAAAACAAGGAAAUGUCCAGAGAACUUCAACGAAGCCAAGUUUAUCGGUUUCACAAUGUACACAACGUGCAUCAUUUGGCUGGCCUUUCUCCCUAUAUUUUAUGUGACAUCCAGUGACUACAGAGUGCAAACCACCACCAUGUGCAUCUCUGUGAGUCUGAGCGGCUUCGUUGUGCUGGGCUGCCUGUUUGCACCCAAGGUGCACAUCAUCCUUUUCCAGCCCCAGAAGAACGUGGUCACUCACAGACUCCAUCUCAACAGGUUCAGUGUCAGUGGGACCGGGACAACUUACUCCCAGUCAUCUGCCAGUAUGUACGUACCCACCGUCUGCAAUGGGAGGGAAGUUCUGGACUCCACCACUUCGUCUCUGUGAUUGUGGCUCGUGGUUCAGUUCUUGAGUUUUUAGACUGUUAGGCAAAACUUUGCACAUGUUGUGCACUCCAGAAAACACAAGAAAACAAAAGAAAUCAAAGCAAAAUUAGUACCUUUUUUUAGAAACAGUGUAAUAAAUUAUUUUUGAGGAUUGUACAGUAUAUAGUGACGUUCUGGAACUUUUUAGACUGAUUUUAGCCCUUCUGUUGUUAACGGUCGUAAGGGACAUGUAAAUAACCAUGGUUCACAAUGUGCAUAGUCCUGCAGUAAGGGAGUGAUUUGUUGCAAGCACAGUUGCAAUGUUAGGUGACUUCUUUCCUACGAAUUUUUUUUGUAGCUCCUUGUUGUAAUUAACUUAGACUGCAUUUCUAUGUUGUAUAUUACAGUUACCUUAUGUGUAACAGAUUGGUUUUCUCAGCACAAAACAGCAGUAUUAAUGUAAAGGCACCAAUAAUAAAAAGAUAAAAGUUUUUCA